GUUCCGCCGCACCAAUCGCAUUGCAGGAAAGCAUGAGCGGCACUAUGCUGGCUCCUGAUUGGUGCGCUGCAGGUAGCAGCUUGCUACAUAAAAGGGGCACGGAACUGAUGCAUGGCACACUCAGCGUUUAGCAAGCGUUUAGUAAAUACAUACGAUUCUCUUUUCGAAAGUUAAAGACAUCGAGUAUUACCAUGCCGCCAAAAGUCAGUGGUAAAGCUGUAAAGAAAGCUGGUAAAGCUCAGAAGAAUAUCAGUAAAACUGAUAAGAAGAAGAAAAGGAAGAGGAAGGAAAGUUACGCUAUUUACAUCUAUAAAGUACUCAAGCAAGUCCAUCCUGAUACUGGAAUAUCCAGUAAAGCUAUGAGUAUCAUGAAUAGUUUUGUCAAUGACGUUUUCGAACGCAUUGCCGCCGAAGCGUCGAGAUUGGCACACUAUAACAAACGAUCAACAAUUACAUCUCGUGAAAUCCAAACUGCAGUACGUCUUCUGUUACCUGGAGAAUUGGCAAAACACGCAGUUAGUGAAGGCACCAAAGCAGUAACCAAAUACACCAGCUCCAAAUAAGCGGAUAACUCUUAUCUCUUCCAAAAAACGGUCCUUUUCAGGGCCAACAAAUACUUAACACGAACGGAACUUUCAUUCAAAUUCACAUACUUAACAUAAAAUUGUUUUAUAGCACCUAAAUAUUUCAUCAUCCCUUCUCAUUUUUAAUAUAUUAUAAUUAGUAACUCCGUUUUUGAACACUUGUGUUAUACUAA